AUGACGGGUCCAAUUCCCAUUGAUACACCCCCGUCGAGAGACAGAGUGGAGGCAGGCUCAUUUGACAUCUCCCUCGGCGAGCUCCCCGAGACAAACAAAGCAGCCCCGGAGAAGCCAGACGAGAUUGCAGCUGGAAUCAUCCGUCAAUUGAACACCAGCCUCAUCGCGGGUGACAAGGGGGCUAUCUCAGAGAUCUUUGCUAAGAAUGGGUACUGGCGUGAUCACCUGUGUUUCUCAUGGGAUCUUCGCACAAUCAAGGGCCGCGAAGAAAUCAUUGCAUUCACCGCGGGACAGAAUGAAUUGAAGAUUGAAAUUGACCGUGGCUCGCCACUUAAGUCUCCGCAUGCUGGUCCCAUUGACGCGUUUGGGGAGGUUCACGGAAUUGAGUUCUUCGUUAAUAUUACGACCAAGAAUGGUACUGGAAAUGGUGUGGUGCGACUUGCCCAGUAUGGUGAUACAUGGAAGAUUUUCACUUUCUUCACUUCUUUAACGGCAUUGGCUGGCUGUGAAGAGGCUGUCAGCAAGAACAGACCUACUGGGGUGCAGCAUGGUGCUCAGCAAGGCAGGCAGAAUUGGCAAGAUCGUCGCACCACCGAGCAACAAUUGGAGGAGAAAGAACCAGCAGUAUUGAUUGUCGGUGCCGGCCAAGGUGGCCUCACUGUCGCUGCACGUCUGAAGAUGCUCCAGGUUGACACUCUGAUGAUCGAUAAUGAGGACAGAAUCGGAGACAGCUGGCGCAAGCGUUAUCACCAGCUGGUGCUCCAUGACCCUGUGUGGUAUGACCAUAUGCCAUACAUACCAUUCCCGGAGGGCUGGCCCAUCUUCACACCCAAGGAUAAGCUGGCCGAUUUCUUCGAAAGCUACGUCAAACUGCUAGAAUUAAACGUCUGGACCCGAACAAAUGUGAAGAAGACCUCGUGGGAUGAGAGCAAGAAGCAAUGGGAGGUCGUGCUGGAGCGCAGCAAGGAGGAUGGAACCGUCGAGAGCCGUACUUUGCACCCUCGCCACAUUAUUCAGGCUACUGGUCAUUCAGGAAAGAAGAAGGUGCCAAUCUUCAAGGGCAUGGACAGUUUCAAGGGUGAUCGUAUUUGCCACAGCUCAGAGUUCACCGGUGCGAAACCCAACUCCAAGGGCAAGAAGGCCGUUGUUGUUGGCUCGUGCAACUCGGGCCAUGAUAUCGCCCAGGAUUAUUAUGAGAAAGGAUAUGACGUGACAAUGGUUCAGCGCAGCUCAACCUGCGUGAUCUCAUCCAAUUCGAUUGUGAACAUCGGGCUGAAGGGGCUCUAUGAAGAGGGUGGCCCACCCACCGAGGAUGCAGAUUUGUAUCUGUACAGCAUUCCCCCUCCUUUGUUCAAAGCGCAACAGAUCAAAGUCACCAAAGUGAUGAACCAGAACGACGCCAAGACCCUCGAGGGGCUGGCAAAAGCGGGCUUCAAGGUCGAUAUGGGACCUAUGGACGCUGGCCUGAUCAUAAAGUAUUUCCAGCGUGGAGGCGGGUACUAUAUCGACGUGGGUGGCAGUCAAUUGAUCAUCGACGGCAAAAUCAACGUGAAGCAAGGCCAGGAAAUUAGCGAGAUUCUCCCCACGGGAAUCACUUUUGCCGAUGGCUCGACAAUUGACGCCGAUGAGAUUAUUCUUGCGACUGGGUACCAGAACAUGCGAUCCAACACUCGGUUGAUCUUCGGUGACGAUGUUGCGGAUCGUGUUGGGGAUGUCUGGGGAUUUGACCAGGAGGGUGAAUUCCGGACUAUUUGGCAGCGCAGUGGUCACCCUGGAUUCUGGUUCAUGGGAGGAAACCUUGCCCUCUGCAGAUAUUACUCUCGUCUCUUGGCUUUGCAGAUCAAGGCUAUUGAGGAGGGAACCACUACUUACUAA